CAUAACGGUCACUCACAUGGCUAUGGUUGUCAUAGGCAUCACGGAUAUGGACAUGUAGACCAGCCCUCGAUCGCGGGUACCUACGCGCCCUGUGUCUCGGAUCGUUAUUCAUUCCAGGUACAAUGAAACCGAUUAUCUCCUUCCGAGAGGAAGUCAUCGACGAAACGAUGGCCUAGGAUGUUGCUGCUUCACAAUUAUCGGAGCUAUAUUCAUUGUAGCGAUGUUUUAUAUCGUCCAAUUCGUCUCGUCUAUGCCCGUCGAUGAGGUUUCUUGGACCAAUCUUGAAUCUCAUUCCUGCACCACUUAUGCAACAAGGGAAUACGUAGCAGAACUCAACGUCUCACCUUGGAACCCCCAGCGGACGAAAAUCUGUAUGAGUACUCGGGCGGUUGUUCAUGGCCGGCCUCACUGGCCAUCCAGAUGCGAAUAUCGCUCAGGCAAGGUAAUCGGACAUUUUGCCAUCGACCAUGACGAGCCAGACUGUGUCACCUACUGGAGUGGAUAUAGGAAUUGGGGAUGUACCGCUAAAGGCUCGAAGAAGAGGCACAUUGAGCAACAUCUCAUGAACGUACCGGCCAACACUGACUAUAAGGAAUUCUGUGCGACAACGCCUGCUCGUUUCCUAGACCAAGAAUUCUCUGGUGCAGACUCGUGCGUGAAUAGCAUCUGGGGUGUCUAUGGGCAGUGGUUCAUCGACGACCCUAAUUGUUGAAGCGGGUGAAGAUCGUGGUUUCUUAUAUCCAGCAUUGA